UCCCUGCCCGGGUGAGGAAUGGGGUAGGAGACGGAGUGGAUUGCCCAAGGCUGGAUGGCUCCUCUGUCCUUCCUUUGGGCUCAGAGGUGGCCUUUGCAUGCCACAUGCCAGAGCGUCCACACACGGAGGGACAACAGGACCUGGCCAACCCUGAGGCCUCGGGUCCGGAUUCUGGCAGCUCCGAUGCCCGCCGCUGGGCCUCUGACCUGCGCCCUCUGCCUUCUCCCUCCCCUCCCAGGGCACCUCUGUCGGACGCGGCCCGCGGACCUGGUGUUCGUGGUCGACAGCUCCCGCAGCGUGAGGCCCGUGGAGUUUGAGAAGGUGAAGGUGUUCCUGUCCCAGGUCAUCGAGUCACUGGAUGUGGGGCCCAAUGCCACCCGGGUGGGCGUGGUCAACUACGCCAGCGCCGUCAAGCAGGAGUUCCCGCUGCGGGCCCACAGCUCCAAGGCCGUGCUGCUGCAGGCGGUGCGCCGCAUCCAGCCGCUGUCCACAGGCACCAUGACCGGCCUGGCCCUCCAGUUCGCCAUCACCAAGGCCUUCAGCGACGCGGAGGGCGGUCGCUCCAGGUCCCCCGACAUCAGCAAGGUGGUCAUCGUGGUGACGGACGGGCGGCCCCAGGACAGCGUGCGCGACGUGUCUGCGAGGGCCCGGGCCAGCGGCAUCGAGCUGUUUGCCAUUGGCGUGGGCCGCGUGGACAAGGCCACACUGCGGCAGAUGGCCAGCGAGCCGCAGGACGAGCACGUGGACUACGUGGAGAGCUACAGCGUCAUCGAGAAGCUGUCCAAGAAGUUCCAGGAGGCCUUCUGCCUGGUGUCAGACCUGUGUGCCACAGGGGACCAUGACUGUGAGCAGGUGUGCCUCAGUUCCCCGGGCUCCUACACCUGCGCCUGCCACGAGGGCUUCACCCUGAACAGUGAUGGCAAGACCUGCAAUGUCUGCAGUGGAGGCAGUGGCAGCUCGGCCACUGACCUGGUCUUCCUCAUUGAUGGCUCCAAGAGCGUGCGGCCAGAGAACUUCGAGCUGGUGAAGAAGUUCAUCAACCAGAUUGUGGACACCCUGGACGUGUCCGACAGGCUGGCCCAGGUGGGGCUGGUGCAGUACUCGAGCUCUGUGCGCCAGGAGUUCCCGCUGGGCCGCUUCCACACCAAGAAGGACAUCAAGGCGGCCGUGCGGAACAUGUCCUACAUGGAGAAGGGCACCAUGACUGGCGCUGCCCUCAAGUACCUCAUCGACAACUCCUUCACUGUGUCCAGCGGGGCCAGGCCCGGCGCCCAGAAGGUGGGCAUUGUCUUCACUGAUGGCCGGAGCCAGGACUACAUUAACGAUGCUGCCAAGAAGGCCAAGGACCUCGGCUUUAAGAUGUUUGCUGUGGGAGUGGGCAAUGCUGUGGAGGAUGAGCUGAGGGAAAUCGCCUCGGAACCCGUGGCCGAGCACUACUUCUACACGGCUGACUUCAAGACCAUCAACCAGAUCGGCAAGAAGUUGCAGAAGAAGAUCUGUGUGGAGGAAGACCCCUGUGCCUGUGAGUCCAUCGUGAGAUUCCAGGCCACAGUGGAGGGGCUGCUGCAGGCCCUGACCAGGAAGCUGGAAGCCGUCAGUAAGCGGCUGACUGUCCUGGAGAACAGAGUCGUCUAAGGUCGCUGUCCCCACCCUGGCGCCUCCCUCUCCUCACCCCAAGCUUGGCUCAGAGAGUCCUGCUGUGUCCCUGCAGCCCAGUGUCGUCCAGCUUUGCCAUUUUAGUGAGGGCGCCGGGAGGGGCCAGGUGCUGGGACAGCUCCGGGCCUCCCAGCCCUGCAUCCCCUGGGUGGGGGCUGGAGGGGCAUGUCCCCGUGUGCUUGUCAGGAGCGUGUGACGAUGUUUGGGAGCCCGUGUGUGUGCCCGAGGGAGGGCGGGUGUGCAUGAGUGAGCCUUCGGGAAGGAGUGCCAGAGAGACGGGUGUGCGUUUUCUUCUGAUCCAAAGCUUAAUAUAUUCCUGGAUUUUGUAGUUGACCCUUUCUUGACUUGGAGUGCUGUGAAUCUCUUCUGAUGUCCCUAAUCCCU